GCCGCCCUUUCUGGGAGACGCGCGAGGCACCGGUAUGGGCACAACACAUGUUCCAGCGCCAAGGGCUGGCCGUGCAAGAGCACAAACGUGCUACCAUGCAUUAUAACCUCGGCUUGGGGAAACCAAGAGGUACUGAUACCUCUACUCCCCAGACCUUUCCCGGGGUGCGUUCUGACCAGAGUUUCGAGCCGAAUCCAACGGCGGCAACAAGGGCUUCUGAGGAGGCCGAGAAAGGGAAACGGACGAAGGGUAGCGGUUUCGGUACCUUGUCCUCCUCUGAUCGGCUGGCCUACCUGCGGGAAGCCUGCCGCCCCCGGGCAGCGCGCAGGACACCUCGGCCCGUUGGCGGCCGGGACGCUUGCAAACUGCCGUGGGAGGGGUCGCUCUGGAAGGGUGUGCGCCCGGGCCCGAAGAGGGCGUCCGAGGGGCUGAAUCUUCAGGAGGAGGAGGAGGAGGAGGAAGCCGGAAGGGGAACACAGAACGAUUGUGAGGAUGACCCGCGUCGCGAGCUCGCGCGGCCGUGACCGGAGGGCUGCCGCUGCCAGGAAAAGCGGCGCGCGCCCACGCCGAAGAGGCGGAGCACACGGGGGGUGCGAGAGGGCGGCCAGCGCGCCCGUGCGCGAGAGCGCCGGGGGCCCCGUGGGCCGGGCAGGCCGGAGGAGCGAGGAGCACGAGGAGCGAGAGGGGAGAGCGAGGAGAAACAGGAGAGGACGAAGAGGAACAUGAUUCGUUACUUCAGCGAGCCCUUCGCCUGCUGACGCCGGGGGGCGGUAGCGCUGGCGGCAAGACUGGCUUCUUCAGCAGAACUGCUGGCAGAGAAAUUGGAAGGAAAAUGGCGCCCGAUUUGACUUUGAACACAGUCGGGGACGCUCCAGUUGUCCGCCAUCACCAAUUCCUGAGACCAGGAUCGGCGCAUAUGCACAAAUCGGUGUAGGCGGAUGGCUAUGUGGGCACACGUGCAACUACGAGCCGGCAUGGCCAAAAGACGUGCAAGCCAAGUCAAGAGGGCAAGCUGGACCGGCCAGUCUGCCUGCCAGCAGAAACAUCAUGCGCCUUGCUCCUGGCCGCCAUCGGCUUGGAAACACGCGGGCAUGGCGCCCCCUCCC